AUGAAACGUGGUAAGACCAGCAUACCGGUAUACUCAAAGAAUUCCGUUGCACUGAGAGAGUAUAAGGAACUAAUGAAAAAGAUCAGGGAGGAACUGGAACCGUCCAACAUCAAAAGUGGUAGUGAAGAUUCACUGCACGAAGACGCCAAAACAGAGCCCCAAUUUGAUACCAGUGAUGAGGAAUACGCAGAACGUGAGAACAUAGAGUUAAUAGACAUUGGUGCAGCCUUAGGAAACAUUCCAGGUCUCACAAUGCAGGAAAACGAUGAAUUAAGAGGAGUACUUAACCAACCUGAGGGAGUAGAUAUAAAAAGCACAAUAGGACCAACAGGUGCACUUCAAAUACAAGCGGAUUGCUUUGACGGCGCUAUUGGCAGAACCGUAGAACGUGUAGGUGAUGCGGAAGGUGUGACUGAGUACAACGCUAUUAUAGAAAGAAUUGACGGAUUGAAGGAAGCAAGAGAUAGGACACUAGAGCAAAGAGCAUUAGAGGAAGCAAGAGAGGAACAGUUGAAUGACAUUUUCAGACUUCGCAAAUUUGUGAAAUAG